GUAAAUAAACAACGAUUAGUAAUUAAAAAUCUCCUUAAUAUAACAUAUCUUUGAACUUUGUCUCUUUAAAAACGAUCAUGACUGGCACUUUUAUCCCUGUUUAUUAUAAAACUCACAGACAACACUUGAAUUCCUUGAUAAAUAUUUUUUGUAUAAUAUUUCUUUUGGUGGGAGUAAAAAACUUUCACUGUUACUUAUCUCUCCUGUAUACGUUUAAACUCACAUUCCCCACCUAACGAUGCUCCAUUUAGAAAGCCCGUAUUGUGAUACGAAAAUGUAUGGAAGAGCGAUUGCCUCAACGAAUAAAAUUUUAAGACCAAAAUUGUUGAACUUGACACGAGCAGAGACCAGUAUUCUUCCUUCUUUCUUAAACGCCAGAAAUGUUUCUCAAAACUUACCAAGAUUACCCGUUCCAGCCCUCAAACAAACCCUUGAUAAAUUUUUAUUAACCGCUAAACCACAUUUGAGUGACAAAGAAUUCGCCAGCACAACAGAAUUAAUUAAGAAAUUCUCUGAUGAAAAUGGAAUCGGAGCGAAACUUCAAAAAUAUCUCGUUGAAAAAGCGAAAAGCACUGAAAAUUGGCUUUCGGAGUGGUGGUUACACUCGGCGUAUUUAGAUUUUAGAUACCCUGUAAUCAUUCAUUCAAGUCCGGCUUUAGUUUAUCCCAUUGAAAAUUUUAAAACUGAGCAUGAACGACUUGUUUACUCAGCGAGGUUAAUCUUGGCUGUUAUGGAAUAUAAAUUAUUAAUCGAUAAUGAUAAAAUUCCUACUGAUAUGAUGGGUAAAGAUCCUUUGGAUAUGAAUCAAUACAAACAAGUUAUUGGAACUUGUAGAAUUCCAGGGUUGAAACGUGAUAAAUUGGAGUAUUAUCCUACCUCAAAACAUGUUGUGGUUAUGCAUAAUAAUCACUUCUUUAAAGUGCAUUUAUUUGGCGAUAACAAUCAACUUAUUAGUGAAAACCAACUGUUACAACAAUUACAUGAUAUUAUGGAACAAUCUGUUGCAACAGCUCCUCCAAUUGGAAUUUUAACUUCUGAUAGUAGGGAUAAUUGGGGGAAAGCUUAUCAACAAUUAAUUAAAGAUCCUGAAAAUGAGGCGAGCGCAAAAGAAAUACAAAAAUCUUUAUUUUUGGUCUGUCUCGAUGGGCCGAUGUCUCCACUUCCUAAUGAAAAUAGAAAGACCAUUGCUGGGAGACAAUUAUUACAUGGAGGUGGUAGCAAGCAAAAUGGUGGUAAUCGUUGGUAUGAUAAAACGAUACAGUUUAUUAUAGGGCAAGAUGGGUUGGUUGGGUUAAAUUAUGAACACUCGCCAAGUGAAGGACAACCUGUUGCUGUUAUUUCAGAUUACAUCUAUGAAUCUAUUAAAAAAGAAUCAGCUAAAGGUAAACCUGAUGUUCCUUAUAAUAAAAUACCAGAACGUCUUCCAUUUAAUGUAAAUGAUGAAAUACAAAAAGCAAUUUUAGUCGCUUCCAAAAACGUUGAUGAACAAGCUGAUGGAUUAGAUUUAUUCUGUCUUCAUUUUGAUUCGUUUGGAAAAGAUUUUAUUAAAUCACAAAAACUCAGUCCGGAUAGUUUUAUUCAAAUCGCUUUGCAAUACGCGUUUUACAGAGUACAUAAAACACCCGGGGCUCAUUAUGAAUCAGCAGCAACCAGAAAAUACGCACACGGUCGAACAGAAACGAUUAGAUCUUGUUCGAUUGAAUCCAUCGAUUUCGCAAAAACAAUGUUGGACAACACAAAAAGCAACGCUGACAAAGUAACCGCUUUAAAAAAAGCUAUUGAUGGGCACAAAAAAUAUACGGUUGAGGCUAUGAAUGGAUUUGGAGUGGAUCGUCAUCUUUUGGGGUUAAAAUUGGCUGCUAUGGAACUUGGUGAAAAAAUUCCUGAAAUUUAUUCCGACCCAGGUUAUGUUCGUAGUGCACAUAUGAGGAUUUCAACGAGUCAAGUAGCGACUAAAUGCGAUGGAUUUAUGUGUUUUGGACCUUUAGUACCGGAUGGUUACGCUUGUUGUUAUAAUCCACGCCCCAAAGAUAUUAAUUUUGGAAUUUCCGCUUUUACCGCUCAUCCUGAUACUUCAGCUGUUAAAUUUAAAGAUGCUUUGGUUAACAGUUUAAAUGAUAUGCAUGAUAUUCUCGCGAAAACACAAAAAUCAAAAAUGUAAAUGUGGAUUUGAACAAAAUAUAUAUUGAAAAUUGUGCCUUAUUUGAC